AAGGUACUUAACAUUUGAGGGAUGGAUAAUCAUGUGCUACAGAAUUUUCGAAUCUACCAAUAUUAUAUGGCAACCCCAUUUGACAUUUGAUGAAAAUGACAGCUAAAUAUUUCACGUGCCAGUUGGUUUCUUUUACAACAAAACACGCUUUGAAUAAAGUUUUACAGCAUCGUGUUCAAAGAACUCCAUUAGGCAUCUACCUUAGAAUGAGUACCAACAGCGAAUCACCUAAGCGUCCCCGUAACGAAGCUCCAGUAAUUGGAACUCACAGCGGAACAUUUCAUUGUGAUGAAGUACUGGCCUGUUUUAUGCUUAAACAACUGCCGGAAUACCAAAAUGCUAGCAUUUUUAGGAGCCGAGACGAUCAAUUAUUAAAUGAAAAAUGUGAUAUAAUUGUUGAUGUAGGUGCCAAAUUCAAUCAUCAAGAAAAACGGUAUGACCAUCAUCAAAGAAGUUUUACGGAAACACUUAGUUCCUUGCGUCCGGAACUUGGGGACGAGUUUAAGAUUAGGCUCAGUAGCGCUGGUCUUAUAUAUGCUCAUUAUGGCGAACGGGUAAUAGAAUGUAUAUUAAAAGAGCAUGGAAAGCCUUCAUUAUCUGUGGAAAAUUUAAGGUUGAGUUUCAUUCAAAUCUAUCGUAAUUUUAUUAGCGAAAUGGACGCUAUUGAUAAUGGAAUACUAAUGUACGAAAAUGUAGGUGAACCGCAGUAUAAAAUAUCAACACACCUCUCUUCACGAGUGCACAGAUUAAAUCCAUCGUGGGAAGACGAACAGGGAAGUGCAAUUGAACAAACCCGUUUUGAACUCGCUAUGGAAUUGGUUGGCAAAGAGUUUAGAGAAAACGUUUUAGACAUAGCUGGCUCAUGGAUAAGGGCACGAGAAUAUGUUCGGAGAGCAUUAGAGCAAGCUAAAUCAAUUUACAAGACUGGGGAAAUUCUCAUACUAGACCGUUUCUGUCCUUGGAAAGCACAUUUAUCUGAUCUCGAAAAAGAAUACAACGUCGUGGGUGUUCCUAAACUUGUAAUAUUUUCGGAAAAGGAGCAAAGUUGGCGAAUUGCCGGUGUUCCUAUCUCCCCUAGCAGCUUUUUGGGACGACAAUUUUUACCACAACCUUGGCGAGGUUUACGAGAUGAUGAGCUGUCAGCAGUAGCAAAUAUACCGGAUUUAAUUUUUGUGCACUCAACCGGAUUUAUAGGCGGCGCCAAAACAAAAGAAGCUGCUUUAGCAAUGGCGAUAAAAAGUAUACAAUUUAAUGAUGACUGAACAAUAAAAUAAGUUAAAGAAUAAUACAAACAAAUACAAGAACAUAUAAAGUGGCGAAUAAAUUUUGUUAUCUUUUUCUUAAUAA